AUGCUCUUCCUCGAUGAUUUUUUAGAAAGUAAGCCGAUUUUUGGUGAAAAUAAGCUGAAUUUCUAACUUUUAGUGCUCGAUGAACUUCCGGCGGAGCUUCGUGAACGGAGCGAUGAAAUUCGUCGGAUCGACAUUGAAGUUGAAAGUAAAAACUCGAAGUUUGAUGAAAAUGUUUAAAAUAAUGCGUUUUUAGGCCGGUUGAGCCGGAAUCGUGAUGCCGUCAACGAAUUUUUCGAAAAGAGCGGCGUGAAUAUGCCAGAAGACGAUCGGAAGCAAAGAUUCAAAGUUUUGCAGGAUGUAAGUCGUUUUUUAAAUUAAAAUCUGUAAAAUUUGCUCAGGAGUUCGUCAAAAUCCGCCUGCUCGCCCAGAGAAAGUUUGCGAUCGCCGAGAAGAUGCAGGAACUUCUGAAGAAGUAUCAAACGCAUCUGGAAAAGGAGAAGACGAAUUUCCAGUGCGAGAUGGAGGCGGACAACUCGGGCGUGACGGAAAUGAUCGAGAAGCGCUACACGCAACACGUCGAGUCUAUGCUGAGCGCGCGAAAGGAACGAAAGCGACGGCACCGCGUGGGUGGAUCCUCGCGCGCCUCUACCGUCGCCUCCGGACCGCUGCUGUCGAAGGAGUCGAACGAGAAGAUCCAGCGGAUUCUGCAGGAAGGCAUGCGUCUUCGCAUGGAUCUUUCCGACGACUCGGCCCCUCAUUCCGGCCUCUCAUCGGCCAUUCCGUCGCCGGCGCCACGUGGCAGACCUCCGAAAGUGGCCAGGGAUCCACUGCUCAUCUCGUCGGCCCUUCUGCCCAGCGACGACUGUCUGACUCCGGUGCCGACGCCGACUUCACGGGUAAGAACAAAUUUUUAAUAAAAUUUUUGAAAAAUGGAUUUUCCAGCGUCGCUCGAAUACGAACGCACUCCGAGGGACGGUCUCCAUCCCGGGCGGUAUCAAUUCUCUGCAUCGGGGCGAAUCCUCGAGCCGUUUCUCUCCAAAUCCAUCGGAACGAAGCUGGUCGAACGCCGGAAUCGACGAGUCGCCGACUUCGAGUGCCAGCCUGCUCACCCCGCAGUUCUCGACGUCUUCUGGGCCACUUCCACUCGGUCCCUCACCGACUACGCCACAAUCCGGGCUCAGUUCGGCGUUUGUGGUCUCGGAAAGUCGACAUGGACGAACCAGAAAGUGAGAAUUCAACGGUUUUGUAAAGAUAAUCAUUUCGGUUUCAGACUGACGAGCCGCGUGCAGGAGAUGUUCAAGGAGACGCUGCAACGGCAACGCAACCACGGAAACUCGAUCAUCGCCCUGCAGGAGCGGAUGAGCGCCGCGAACCUGGCCGCCCAGCACACGCCGUCGACUAUCUCGCCGGGCACGGAUCGUCGUCACCGGCACACUCCGAUGAGCGACGAGGAGGCGGAUACACGGCCUCCGUUGCCGGUCUCGGACGACGAUGAGGACGACGAGGACAACGAGGAGGCCCGCUCGUGGUGUUUCUGCAACGAGAAGAGCUACGGGGAGAUGGUCCGGUGCGACAAUGUCGAUGUGAGUUCGAAAGUUCCCGGUUUUUGCACAUCCGUAAUAAAUGCUUGAGCAAAUCAUUUCUGUGGUUUUAGCAAUAUCUUGAACGAAAAUUGCUAGAAAAUUCGCGUGAAAAGCGGAACUGCACUUUCGGUAGCAUUAUCGAAAACAACGCAGUUUCCGAUCAAUUCAAAACGCUUUUUUUGCAGUGCUCAAUGCGUUGGUUCCACUACUCGUGCCUCGGAAUUCUGGAGCCGCCGACCGGCAAAUGGUUCUGUCCGCAAUGCGAAGGAGUCGAGCACAAACCGAUGGAUCCGUCGAAAAAGGCGGAAACCCCUCUGAUCGGCUGCGACGAAUAA